AUUUAAUUUUAUUUAUUCGUCCGCAUGGUGCUCUACUUCCACAACUCUCACACGUUCCCGCACACCUUCGAGACUGCCACGCUGGCGUACUUUAACCGCUACCCGAACCCGUACGCGUCGCACGUGCUCUCCAUCGACACAAUCGACCGCCAUAUCGACGCCGAAGGCCGUCUCCACCAGACGAAGCUCAUCGUGAAGACCGGCCGGCUGCCCAAGUGGGUCAAGCCGUUUCUGGGCAAGAUCUCCACGUCCUGGAUCAUCGAGCGCACCGUCGUCGACCCAAGCAGCCAGACAAUGCAAACGUACACCCGCAACCUCGACCACACCAAGAUCAUCCAGAUCCAGGAAUACAACCAGUACACCUUCGACCGCGAGCUGAAUCAGACCACAAACAACACCACGGUCACGUUUUCGUCCGGGUUCCAGGGCCUCGGCAUCAAGAACCGCAUCGAACGGUGGUCGCAGUCGAAAUUCGCCGAAAAUCUGAAAAAGUCUCGCCAGGGCCUGCGCUACGUGAUGGACUCCAUCAGGGAUAGACUCCAUCUCCUGCAAAAAGCAUGAGUUACUCUAUUCAGGCAAAGCUCAAGUCCCAGCCUAGUCGGCGCACAAUCUCGUACCAGUCGACCCACCGCUCGCCAUUCGAGUUCACCUUCCACACCUCUCUCAUCACCAGCCGGCACCGCACAAUGUUUUUCCACCGGUAUCGUUUCACCACGUCGUCGAUGCGUGCCUCCAUCUGCUCCCGGUCCGCGUACACACAGUUCAUCCCGGCUAUGAACACCGGGAAGCAGAUGCACGCCUCCAGCCGCGUCCCCACCAGGAUGUCCAGCGACGCCGUCAAUUGGUACACCAGAUACUGCAUUUCCAUCGAGCCCGGGUUCAUGCGCAGCACAGACUGCCGAAGGUGGAUCUUGGCUGCCAGCUGGAACGCCUCGAACAUGGUCAGCUGCAGCUCGAAGUCCGACGGGUCCAUGUCGUUCAUCAGUAUAUAGUUUGGCGAAGCCUCGUUCAAUUUGGAGUCCAGAGCGUAGCACUCGUGCAUGAUUUUGUCGUAGACCUCCGCCAUGCGUUGCGGCCGUUUUUGCGUGUCUCCGCAGUCCUCGCUCAGCGGCACCUCGUGGUCGUGGUAUUGUUUUAGCGUCUGCCGCGUUUUCACCGCCAGCUGGUUGAUCUCCGCCAGUAUCUUAAACACCGGCGACGAAAGCCCGUGCAACGGGUCCAGAAAUCGGAUCCGGUUCGAGGCUAUCCACAUAUCCUCGUAUUCCUCGAGCGCAAAGUGCAGCUGGCGAUCUUCCACAAUCGCCGCAGACAUCAUGUCGUGGUAUGCGUAGUUGGUCACCAGAAAGUGCUCAUCCUUGCACCCGUUGAAAAACCGGAUUCCGCCCUUCUUCUUGAUCAAACUCGCGCCGUAGUGCAGGUACUUGGCCCAUUUGCUCACGUCGCCCUUGCAAAUUUCCACCCCGCAGAGGAUCAUCAGCGCAGCCAGCCGCAAAUUGAUCAUGUCUGAAAAAUUCAGCUUCGACAUGGCCAUAGAGUCGUCAAACUCGUCCGUCUCCUUCGUCACCAGCUCCUCGUCCUCCACCUCCUCUGUUAGAGCCAUGUAGCUUUCUCGCGACUCGUUCGGUAGCAGUGGCCGCUCGCCAAUCACCUCGAUCGCCCGGUUGAUAUAGUACUGUCCCUGUUGUUCCAUCCUAUUGCCGCCCAGAUGGAACGCGC